GCAGUUUAUUAAUAUAAAAGUCAUCUUAUUUAAAGUUGCAUUUCACUGUGUCCAUCUCAAGAGAAGCCAGAGCCAGAGGGGAAGCCUCUGUAUCUGUCCAUUGAAGUUGCAUUUCUGUAGCUAAGGAUAGGCAAUAAUUAGGCAUGGCUAAAGAACCCAAGAAAGGCAACUGGAAGCCAAUUCCUGCAGCAGUUGAAGAUGAAGGGAGGGUGGAUUGCUUGGACUUGCAUGAAGGUGGAAUUGAGCCUCAAGGUAUUGUUUUGAAUGAAGAUGGUGUCUCCCAAAAGGUCCAUCAAUUCUAUUUUGUCAAGUUUUGGCCCUACAAAGACCCAGAAGAACAUUCCAAAUUCGAAUGGGCAAGGAAGCAGUCUGAAGAACUGGACCAACAGAAGAAACUUCUGGUAGAUGACAAGCGUCAGGAAAUCAUGUCAAGUGGAGAAGCUGUCAAUUCGCAACUGCAAAGGCUAAGAUAUCGCAGUGCUGUACUUGAAUGCAGCAUCGAAUGGAAGACAAUGAUGGUGGAUUUCCUGCAAGCGGCUCUGGAGAAGCUGAAUGUCCGCAGAGGAGGAGCCACUAGCUCUAGCUCUCCAAGAGAAUGUGGUAUUCAUAGUCCACGAGCCUGGGUGACACAUGGAAGCAACAAUUUGGCUAAUGAAGAGCAGCUCUCAACAGAGAUCUCUAAUGUCCAACAGGAAGAUAUCAAUUCAGGUUUUCUGGGGAGAGAGCUUAACAAUCGUGCUUUCUGGUAUAGUAUGAGCAGAAACAAAGAACAGUUUGUACAGAUACUCGAAGGUGUCAUGCAGAUUGAAGAAAGACAACAGAAAGCUAUGGCUGAUGCGGCUUCAAAGGGAAACAUUUCCAAAAAGGCCAUAGAGGAGCAAAUUAGACUUCUCAAUAAGAUACCAGAGGUUUUGAGACCGGAAUGUUGUGAAGUGAUGGCUAAAAUCAAGUGCUUAGAGGAUGAACUAAAAGCUGUGGACAAAGAGAUGAAUGAUUUGUCAGAGACAUUUCAGGGUCUAAUCCAGGGAAAGCAAGAAGCGUACGAGUUACUUGUUAGUACCAUUAAUCAACGUGAAGAAGCGAAAGCCAACUACUAUGAAUAUCUUUCCUUGCUAAGCAAUGCCAAAGACCUUGCUAGAAAGAAAGAUGUGGCAGCCCUUGAGGAACUCUCUCGCAGGCAGGUCUGUUGAAUCCAAAUUGACUUAAUUGUCAGUAAAUCUGGUUUGAAACUGUAAUUAAUUCGUGCAAGAAAUUAGCUCUCUCGAUCGGGACUGUUUACAAGGAAUGAUGUCUAUAAUCAG